GGAAGCGGAAGUGGGGUAGCUCGGGGCGCGUGCACCUGUGUCGGUGGUGCAGAGCCCUGGACGCUUGCCAUGGAGGGGUCUAAGGAGCCGGUCCUGGAUGCUAAGGCCAAGGUCACCAACCAGGUGAGUGAGUGGCAGCCCCGCCCGGUCCUCGCUGGCCUCCGCGGCUUGUAGAUUUUCAGUGGAAACUGGGUAUGGCUGUGAGCUCAGACAGUUGCAGAUCACUUAAGUAUCCUUAUGUUGCAGUGAUGCUAAAAGUGGCAGAUCAUUCAGGCCAAGUAAAGACCAAGUCUUUUGAAAUGACAAUUCCACAGUUUCAGAAUUUCUACAGACAGUUCAAGGAAAUUGCUGCAAUUAUUGAAACUGUGUGAAAACUGAUUACUUGGUUGGUAAAUUGCUACCAUCGUUCUAAAAUCAUGGACUUCACGUUCUGCACUAUAACUGUAUGAGGAUCACAUGACUUUAUUGAAAGAAAAUUGUACUUUUGUUUUUCCAUUUUUUUAAUAAUAAAAAAAUUAGACAAACAGGAAUUAGAUAAGUGCACUUAUAGAUGUGAAUGUACUAAAAGCCACUGAAUUUGUUAUCAGCAGAAGUGGAGUUCUUGGGGUGCCAUGGGGAAAACAAUUUUCUGAGGCCCACUCGGGAGGAUGGGGUUUCAUGGAAAACUUUAUUGAUGAUGUAAAAUUCAGGGGGUUCUCCUCCAAGGUCCCAUCCACCAUGGAAAAAGUCCAGUCAUAUCUUCAGCAGGGUCAGGGUUAAGGCCACUGCCCAGAGUUUCCACUCCAUAUGAAAAUCUAGUCCAGUCCAGCAUCUGGCUAGCUUAGCUCGUGUUCCCAGCUGCACUCCAUUGUGUGUGGGGUCUGCACUGCCCUGAGCCCUGUGGCUAUGGAGAGGAAAUAGGUGUGUGCACAGGCGAGUGCAGGUCAUGGAGCAAGAGACAGAGAGGGAAUAAGGAGCACAAGAGAGAGGGAACUCUGUCUGAGGAUUUUAUCCUUCCAAGAUUUUGUGUGCUUGCAGUGGCUCUGCCCUCCUAGCCAAAUUAUCUUUUUUUCAGGCUAGUAUGACAGGCAAGCUUCUUUGCUACAUCACCCUGGCUUCACUGCACAUGUGCCCAUGUCCCCCUUUCUUCGGUCCCUUCUCCCAGUGGUCUGCAGGGAAUGGGCCUGUGCUUCCCUGGGGAAGGGGAAGCUGUAGCUUUUUGGUGAAGCUGCCCAGAUGACCAUGCUUAUAAUGUCUGGUCUCCUGUCCUUUUCCCAUUAUUAAUAUUAACUAGCUAGUUGUGAUGACAACAAACUGGACACUUUAAAGGGAGAACUCAGUGGUAUGUGAAUUACAUAUCAAUAAAAAAUAAAUAACAAUGAUUGAAAACAUUGAGAAGGAUGACAUUACUUUAUAAAUUCAGUAACACAGUGUUCAAUUACUAUAAAAGCAAUCAGUGAGAAGGGUGAGUUUGCUCUCAAACAUUUGAAAUCAGGUUAGGAUUGACCAUUGUUUCCUUAUAUUAGCCACACAUUCAAUUAUUUCUGUUAUUAAUUUUUAUAGAAAGUUCAAAUACAUGCCCAGAGAUAGAUAAGUUUUAUUCUGAAUUCUGUUUACAACUGAGUUAACCUGUUAGGAAAGUUAACAUUUUACAUGAUCUUUGUUGAAUUGAUAAACCAAUUGUUAAAGUAUUUUAUAUGAAGCCAUAGCAAUCAACACAUACGGCAUUGCUUAGGAAUGGGCAAAUAGAUCACUGGAAUAGACUAGGUGGCCUACAAAUAGAUUAAGACAUUUUGGACAAGGAUGGUAUUUCAGCUAAGUGGGAAAAUGUGACUAUAUAUGAUACUAGCGCAGUUAUAAUAUUUGCAAAAAUAAAUUCCAGAUUAAUGAAUUAAAUAAAAAAGAUAAAAAUUAGAAGUCUUAGGGAAUAUUUAUGUUAACUGAGGCUUGGGAAGAUAGAAACCCCAUAGCUAUAAUGUAAAGCAAAUGUAUUUGAAAAUAAAAAUUAAACAUUUAUUUGUAGAAAAAUAAUGGGCCAUAUACAAAGACAAAAGACAAACACUAGGUUGAUAUAUAAGUUAGUGCUUUAAAUAUUUCACUUAGGAAGAGAGUUUAACAAGAAAUUAGACAUUCACUAAACUGUCAGAAAGACUGAGGAAACAAGGCAGGAGCGAUGGCUGGCUUUAGAAAGUCCAGUAGUGCAGGAAUUUCAGGGAAUGCCACUGCCAGCUAUCGGCACAACGCAGCUCAUCACCUGGAAGUCACUGUACCACGUGCUAUUCUGCCAUCUGUCCAUGCGGGCCUCUCAAUAUGUGAAAGUUAAGCCAGGACCCCGCUGACACAAAUUUAGCCAACUGAAUUUCCGGGUUUUUAGUGCCUAUAAAGGGUAGAUUUAGAAAGAAGAAUGGUGCUGAGUGUUUUGACUGCUGGCAGAACUAGGACUUGUGGUCUUUUUGCAAAGUGAUUGCACACACACACACACACACACACACACACACACACACACACACACACACACUUAGAAAUUUCACAGUCCAGGAAUAUAUAAUUUGCAAUAAAACCACCAAUAUGAAGAUAUUUGGCAAAAUUGUCGAAAUGCUCAUCUAUUACACCUGGGCCUAUAGGAAGACUGCAUUUCCCAGCCUCCCUUGCAGUUAGUUUGGGAUCACAUGAUUGGGUUGUAGCCAAUUGGUUUGGGGCAGAAGUGUGAAGGCACACUCAGCCGUCCUCACCAUCCUUCCUUGUCAUCCUCCAAGCCCUCUCCCAUCCUGGCUGCUGGUACGAAGGACUGUAAAACAGCAAAAAGAAAGUGGAUCCCAGGAGCACCACUGGAGGCAAACUGCAAGAACACCCUGACUUGAGCGGACAGUAGUGUGAGCGAGAAACAAACUUUUAUUGUAAGCUGGUGAGCUUUCUGGAUACCACAAAAUAUAUGUAUGAAGAUUUUUAUUGUAGUAUUUCCAGUGCAAAAAAUAAAGGAAGCAGCCAAGAAUACCUGUCAGGAAAUGGUUAAGUAAAUUUGGCAUAUCUAUGCUAUGGAAUGUCAUAUAGCUGCUAAGAUUUGCCUCUGGGAUAUUAUCAAUAUUGUACAUAUUACUGUGGCAUAUAAAAUUUUGUAACAAUACAUCCAUACAGCCCAGCUGGUAUGGCUCAGUGGUUGAGCAUCGACCUAUAACCCAGGAGGUCAUGGUUUGAUUCCCCGUGAGGGCACUUGCCUGGGUUGUGGGCUUGAUCCACAGUGUGGGGUGUGCAGGAGGCAGCCGAUCAAUGAUUCUCAUCAUUGAUGUUUCUGUCUCCCCCUCUUCCUUUUUCUCUGAACUAAAUAGAAACAUAUUUUUUAAAAUGCAUCCAUACAUUUGAACACUGAAUGGAAAAUUAAGAGAGGCAUGGAAGGAAGGCUAUCGGGUUAGAAGCCCUGGUGGAGAUGGUAUCUAGAGAAGGAAAUGAAGAACUGUUAAAACAUUUUUUCUUGUUUUAAGUCCAUGAUGUAUUCUAGAAAAUAUGUUAUGGUUUUAAGAUUUUUAGAGAGAGAGAGACAGACAUCGAUAUGAGAGCAGUACAUCGAUCGGCUUCCUCCUGCACGCCCCCUACCAGGAAUCAGGUUCACACCUGGGCAUGUGCCUUGACUGGGAAUCGAACAGGCAACUUUUCGGUGCAUGAGAUGAUGCCCAACCAACUGAGCCACACUGACCAGGGCUGUGCUAUGGUUUUAAAAAAAUACUUGGAAAUACAUUAUUUUUUUUUUAAAUACUUGUUUUUAAGUUGCUUUUGAAAAGCUCUUACAGUUUUUUAGUGAUAUAAUGUUUUCUUAUUUCUUUUAAUUUAACAAAUGUGUGGUGUUUAUGAAACAAAAUGAUUUAUAAAGUGCCUCCUCAAACCAGGAUAGACAAACCUGGAACACAUCAAACGUAGGCCUUGCUGUGCUUUAGAAAUGGUGACUCCAGCUGGGUCUAACAUUUUGGUUGGCACCCCUCUGAGAAACUUCAUUUCUACCUCUUACCUGUUUCCUCUUCUGAUCCUCCACAUUGGAAAUGGAUGUCCUUUUCACUUCCCGUCAGCUGGCCUGCAGGUCUCCUAUGUAAGCCUGCGUUCUUUCUUUGUCUUCUGCUAGGUAGCACACUGCUGUGAGGAGCUCAAGUCCAAGGUCUGCUGCUGCCCACCUGGGGACUGAGGUCCCACCAGCUUGACGAGGUAGCUAGCUGCUCAUUCGGGCUUACCAACUGCCACCAGACGCAUCCUGUUACCCACCCUCUGGGUAGUAGCACAUUACUGAUUCUAAGACUGAGGAGUCACGUCCCCUUUCUGUUUCUUUUUCCAUCCUGUUGAGCACCAGUUUCAUUGUAUACCCAGAAAUCACAGGAGAAACCCUCCCACCCCCACCCAGUCUGAGUGAAAACAACAUACUUGCCUUCCCAGACUGUGCAUAGGGUCUCCAUCUACCACCCAUCCCAGUCAAUGCCUUCCAAUCUCCUCUCUUUCCACAUUUACAGUAUUUAAGGUUAUAUGCAGAGGCCCAAAGUGAGCUCCUGGCUCAAACACUUCCGGUGAUGGAAUUAAUCUGAAUAAAUUUAAGUUGUACUUUUAAA